AUGUCAGCGCCGCUCGUGUCGGCGUUCAAGCGGAGGUCGCCUGCUGGAAGUGCUUCAGCGCAGCCACUCCAAGCAGCAGCAGCAGCAGCAGCAGCACACCGCCAACAACAACAACAACAACAACCACAGUCAUCACAGCGACCAGCGCAGCUACCGCCUGGCACACGCCCGUCCAUCCACAACGGCCAGCUCCUCGUGUCGACGGGCGUUCAGUCGCUCGACGGACUGCUUGGCGGCGGACUGGCGGUCGGAACGCUCGCGCUCGUCGAGGAGGACGCCAACACUGCGUACGCCCAGGUCCUCCUCAAGUACUUUCUGGCCGAGGGUGUUGCUGCUGGUCACCAAGUGGCCGCGUGUGCAGUGCCGGACGGUGCCGCUUCCGCCGAGCUCCUGCGCUCGUUGCCGCACAUUGCCGGCACCGAAGUCCAACCAUCACCACCUGCAGCAGCUCCGUCAUCCUCCACGAGCCUCGUCGAUGCAAAGGCACACGGCGCACACAAUGCGAAAGCAGGGAAUCAGAAUGCGAAUGCUGCUGCUGCUGCUGCAGAGACCGCUCAGUCGGAUCUUGUCGCCGAUGACGAAAUCCCAGGCGAAAGCAAGUCCGGAACUGCUCAAGACGCGUCCUCGUCAUUGAAGAUUGCCUGGCGAUACCAGCACUUGCCAAGCUCCUCAAGCGAUGCAUCUGCAUCUACUCCUACAUCGUCGUCGGGAACCGCUGGCUCUGGCGGCGGUGACGGUGCGUUUGGUCACGAAUUCGACAUGUCCGCCAAAGUCGCCAGCCACCUGGUUGCAGAGUCGAUUGAGCGGCGUGCCUUUGCCCCACACAACGGCUCUAGUACCAAUGCACAGCUUUUGGCCUUUAUCGAGGACCAGCUUGCUCCCUUCUUAGUAUCUGCAAAUGUCGCCUCUGGCGAGCGCCGCAAUGUUCUGCGUAUUGGAGUUCAAGGAAUUGGCUCGCCGCUUUGGGACAUGCAAACGCUCCAGAAGCAACCCGCCUCCUUGUCAGCCACGAUUCCAGCAACGGCUGCCACAUUGUUUGCCAUCCGAGCUCUGGUCCGCCGCGCAUACGCUGUAUGUGUAGUCACGCUUCCUGCCUUCUUGUUCCGUGCCAUGCCGGAAGGAGUGCAAGCAAUUCGUCACAUGGGCGACACGGUCGUUGGCUUGGAGGGCUUUGCGGGCACACCUCGCGAGACCCAUCCCGUCUACAAGGACUAUCACGGCCUGUUCCGCAUUCACCGCCUUCCUCGACUCAACUCUCUCAUGUGCGCCAUGCCAGCAUCCCUUGAUUUGGUUUUCAAGCUUCGCCGCCGCAAGCUCGUCAUCGAAACGCUGCAUCUGCCGCCGGAUUUGUCGGAAACGGCCAGCCGAUCGAAGGAGGAGAGCGUCGACUCCUCCCGCACCACCACCACAGGAGCAGGAGGAAGUGCAUCCGCGCGACGACAUCGCGGGCCGGAGCACACCCACGGCUCUGCCGGUCAUAGUCAUGGCAGUCAUAGCGACGCUGUUCACUGCGGAUCGACGACGCCAUCGGGCAAGCUUGUGCUUGAUUUUUGACCAACCGCUGCCAUCUGCUUGCUUUUUGUCAGAGUACACAAUUUCACGCGAUA